AUGGCGUUCUCCUGCGACAAGAGCGGCGAUAUGGACGUGUUAAAGCGCUUCAUGAACCAGGGGUCUUCAUCCUCAACAGAGAUGCACUGGCGGCAGGCACACAGUGCCCUGGAGACGGGUUUGUCGGACCAAUCCUCCGACAAACCCGUUUCCAGGGCACUGUGUGCCUGCCGCCAGUGCAUCUCUGUUGAGGAUGAAGACCCCUGGUUCAUGAAGCGCUUUAACACGUCCAUAUCGCCGCUCUUGUCGCAGGAGAACGCCAUACUUUCGAAGAGCACCUGUUACUGGUGGCAGAGACUACAGAGUCUACAGGCUAAGCAAAAUGCCAACUACAGUGCUGUGGUGCAGAAACUAUUCAAGGUCGUCCCUGGGGAGGGACACUACAACGACUCAGGGCCCAAUCGCUGCAGGACUUGCGCUGUAGUCGGGAAUUCUGGGAACCUCAAGGGAUCCGAUUACGGAGCCCUCAUUGACGCCAAUGACUUCGUCAUAAGAAUGAACAGAGCUCCCAUUUUGGGCUAUGAAAAGGACGUAGGGAACAGAACCACCCAUCGUGUCAUGUACCCAGAAAGUGCCACAAACCUGCAAAAGGACACGAGCCUGCUGCUGAUACCAUUCAAGACUUUGGAUCUGGAGUGGAUCACUAGUGCUCUGACCACAGGCACUGUGAAACGCACCCGUUCUCCUGUGAUGGCCAAGAUUAAUGCAGACAAGAAUAAGGUGUUAAUAUACAACCCCACAUUCUUAAAGUACGUCCAUGAAGUGUGGCUUGAACGCCAUGGGACAUCUCCCUCCACCGGCUUCUUAACCUUGAUGUUCGCCAUCCACGUAUGUGAUGAGGUGAAUGUUUUUGGAUUUGGGGCAGCCAAGGACGGAACCUGGCAGCAUUACUGGGAGAAAACCAAACUGUCCCGCGAGAGGCCAACCGGAUGGCAUCCUGGAGCCUUAGAGUCUGUCAUCAUGAAGCUGCUGGCCUGUAAAAACAAAAUUAAGUUGUUUGAAGGGAGAUGA